AUGGGGUGUGUUCAGAGCAAAGGAGGCGGUUACUCGCCUUCUGACAGUCUCCACAAGCUGAAAGCCGAACAUGGAUACGUGAGGAGUAACAGCGGUGAACAAAAUGUGACCAAAGCGAAGGAUUUGAAGUACUUAAGGUCUCAGAAUGAUGUCAACAAGUCAGCCGAGUCUUACAGAGGUAGAGAAGAGAGGAAAAUAAGUAAAGAAGUUGAUGUUGGGAAUGUUCCGAGAAGAAUCAGUAUCAAGAAGAUCGGUGCUGCUGAUGGUUUGUCUGAUGGAUGGCCUAAAUGGCUUGUUGAGAAUGUUCCUACAGAUGUUCUAGCUGGUCUAGUUCCGAAAAGUGCUGAUUCUUAUGAUAAACUUGCAAAGAUAGGCCAGGGAACAUAUAGCAAUGUCUAUAAAGCUAGAGAUAGGGUGACUGGGAAAAUUGUUGCUUUGAAGAAAAUUCGUUUCGACACAUCGGAACCUCAGAGUGUGAAGUUCAUGGCUAGAGAGAUCAUCAUGCUGAAUAAGCUUGAUCAUCCUAAUGUCAUUAAACUUGAAGGACUGGCCACUUCAAGAUUGCAAUACAGUUUGUAUUUGGUUUUUGAUUUUAUGCAGUCAGACUUAACCAGUAUCAUAUCUCGCCCGGGUGGAAGGCUAACUGAACCACAGAUCAAAUUCUACAUGCAGCAGUUGCUUUCAGGUCUUCAGCAUUGCCACGAAAGGGGAAUCUUGCACAGGGACAUUAAACCGUCCAACUUGUUGAUAGAUAAAAAUGGAAUGCUGAAGAUUGCAGAUUUUGGACUUGCCAACUUUUAUCAGCCAAAAGCAAAGAAGCCUCAGACAACCCGAGUUGUAACAUUAUGGUACCGAGCACCAGAGCUACUUUUAGGUUCUACUGAUUAUGGAGUUGGCAUUGAUCUUUGGAGUGCUGGGUGUCUUCUUGGUGAGAUGUUUAUUGGGAGGCCCAUCAUGCCUGGUAGGAAUGAGAUUGAACAACUUCACAAGAUCUUCAAGCUAUGUGGAUCGCCUCUUGAAGACUACUGGAACAAAGUGAAGCCACCGACCACUUUCAGACCAACACCAAACUAUAAACCCAGUUUCGAAGAAUCAUUUCCCAGUUUGCCUGAUUCAGCGUUACGCCUCUUGAGCAGUCUUCUGUCUCUUGAUGCAGCUAAUCGAGGCACAGCUUCUUCUGCUCUUGAUAGCGAAUUUUUUAUUUCAAUUCCAUUGCCAUGUGAUGUGUCUGGUUUACCUGUACUGAAAGAAGAGGAGGACGAUGCAUCCAAAUAUGUUGACCAGUUAAGGAUCAGGGCUGCAAUAGCAAAGAAAAUGCGCAUAAGUCGCAAAGGUCACCAAAGAAAGGUCUCGUUUCCUGAAACAGUCAAAGAAGAAUCUGAAUCCUCUAAAGAGCAGGAAAAGCCUGCAGAAUUCAGCUUCCAGAACCAAGAGAUAUUCAAUAGUGCAAGCAGUAGCAACUCAAGUGGAAAACUGAGCAGGACCCUUGAAAGGUCACCUCCAUCGCCACCUCUAUUUUUCCGAUCUCGGCAGGACCUAACUGCUAAAACUGAGGGACAUCCAAAUGCUCUCAAGAAUAUCCAGAACUAUCCGCUUUUGCUGGCCUCUCUAACACGAGCUACCACACAUUUCGAAGAGAACAGAUUGGGUCUUAGCCAUAGGUCCAUGUCGAUGGACUUCCGGAAGCUGGAUAUGGAUAAAAUCACUGAGCUCUUCCCGCCAGAGGAUAACUAA